CACACACACCCCCUCCACCCAAGCUGCAGGAGCUCGGAGCACCGAGGGACCGCUGUGCUCGACCGCAGAUGACACGCAGAAGAAAGUGUGUGGGCGGAUGAGGAAGUUCAGAGCGCGGAUUGAUGGUCACACACCUACUGUACUGGCACUUUAUCGCGGCAGCAGCGGCAGAAGAAGAAGAAGAAGAAGAAGAUCACCGACGGUGUUCUCAAUCCUCCAAAACACAGAAAAGCCCUUUAUGUGAUCAGGGGGUGAUCCGCGUAUGGGAAAAUGACAAUCAAGUUUGUGGUCAUCCUCUUGUUACUUCUGCUCGUUCAAGGUGUUCGUCCUGAUCAGCUGGAAUAUGGCGACGACGAUGAAGAUCACCAUGACACGACUGUCAAUCAAAUGCUGGUCCCCAGGUCGCACCAGGAGGAUGCCACACUCAUACUGAACAAUUUGCUAAAGGAAUAUGACAAGACGCUUCGGCCAGACAUCGGAGUGAAACCAACAGUCAUUGAUGUGGGCAUAUAUGUCAACAGCAUUGGGCCUGUGUCAUCCAUCGAUAUGGAGUACCAGAUCGAUAUUAUCUUCGCCCAGACCUGGGUGGACACCCGUCUGCGUUAUAACAGCAGCAGCAUGCGGAUUCUAACCCUCAACAGCAAUAUGGUCGGCUUAAUCUGGCUGCCCGACACCAUCUUUAGGAAUUCCAAGAACGCCGACUCUCACUGGAUAACAACGCCCAAUCAGCUGCUCAGGAUCUGGAACAAUGGAAAAAUACUCUACACACUGAGGAUGACCAUCAACGCAGAAUGCCAGCUGCAACUCCAUAAUUUCCCAAUGGAUGAACACUCCUGUCCUCUCGUCUUCUCCAGCUAUGGCUACCCACGAGACGAAAUUGUGUACAAGUGGAGGCGGAACUCAGUGGAGACGUCGGACCAGAAAUACUGGAGGCUUUACCAGUUUGAUUUCAUGGGGCUCAGAAACACUACAGAUGUGCUCGCGACGACAGCAGGUGACUAUGUGUUGAUGACGGUGUACUUUGACCUCAGCAGAAGGAUGGGCUACUUCACCAUUCAGACCUACAUCCCCUGUAUCCUGACCGUGGUCCUCUCCUGGGUCUCUUUUUGGAUAAAGAGCGAUGCCACGCCUGCAAGGACAGCCCUAGGUAUCACCACAGUGCUGACCAUGACCACCUUGAGCACAGUGGCCAGGAACUCGCUACCCCGAGUGUCCUACGUGACGGCCAUGGACCUGUUUGUCACCGUCUGCUUCCUGUUCGUCUUUGCUGCCAUGAUCGAGUAUGCCAUGCUCAACUACUACUCCUACAGUAUACGCAGACCCCCUGCCAAGACACAGAGAAUGGCCUAUUCAUCUUUCAACAUGGGUCGCACCCCUCGGCCCAUGAUGCCCAUGGGCAAUUCUCUUUUCUGGCAUGACUACGAUGACAACUGCCUGUAUGAGUGCCUAGACGGUAAAGACUGCAAGAGCUUCUUCUGCUGUUAUGAGGAGUGUAAAGAAGGCGGCUGGAAGAAAGGACGGAUCCACGUCAACAUCCGCGAGUUGGAUUCCUACUCCCGGGUUUUCUUCCCCACCUCCUUCUUGCUCUUCAACAUCGUCUACUGGGUCAGCUACCUCUACCUCUAGUCACUCUCGGGUUGUUAUCCAUGGGCCUUCUGAAACAGCCACAGUCCUCGCCACUUUGCACCGCGGCUCGUGAUUUGAGGGUAAAACUAAGAGUGGAAAAGGACAUGAGGUGGAUCUGGGAUCUGUGGGAAUUGUGAAAGACGUGCUGGAGUGAUGUGACUAAAAAAUACAUGUGUGCUGUGAUGCAAAGUGUAAAGGCCAUGAUACUUUGAGUAGUUCAGGAUUGUGGCACUCCAAGGAGAAUAAAACGCUCAGCAGUAGAACAACAAGCUGCCAACAUUAACUUGAAUGGAUAGGUCCCGUUUAUGACCCUCUCAGACAGCUCUCAGACAACAGACAGCUGUGACUUCAGAGACGUUUGGGGAUGGGACUUGUGUUGCUGAAUCUUGGUCGAUGAGAUGGCGAAGCACCCAUAGUGCCUUCUUUAGAAAGGGUGCGGCAUCGAGAGACGCAGCUUCAGAGUUCCCUCCAUUAUCUUUAUUACCUCAUCCAUCACACCGCCGCAUGCUGAGCUGUUUAUUCUUUGAUGAAACAAACCCGGAACACACAGUUCUCACCACUGGAGAUGUUUAAAACUAACACUCACCAUUCAUUUUGUAGCACAUUAGUUUUAGUUGUACUCUAGAAUUAGUUCUACUUUCUAAUAAUAGUAAUGUUUUCUUCUUAUACUUAUUAUUAGAAUUAGUUGUACUUUGCAGUAAGUCAACUCGCUCUGACAUCAGUCGUUAACUGUUAAAUAUGAGUUAGUGUCAGGGGCAGUGGUUGUCUGGUAGAGGACUGUUUAUUAAGUCAGUGAGCUUUUGUUCAUGAUGCUUUAUGACCAGGCGAUGCAGUUUACAGUAGAUGCCAAGAAGAUUUGGGUGUUUUAAAUGAAUGCUAGGUUACAUUCAUACACACCAAAUGUAAAAGAACUGCAUAAAUACAUACCAAUCCAAUAUUAAACAUGCUAAUCUCAUCCCCGAGCAUAUUAUGUGCAUGAAUAGUGAAUAAAUAUACAGACUAGGGUUGGACGAUUGGUGGCUUCUUCCCAACAACAGCUAUAUGAAAAAAGCUGCAUAUUUUAUUUUUCUUCUUAUUUCCAUUUUGCAUUAUUAUUAAUAUGACCUGUGGAUUACCUAAGGUUAAGGAGUUAGUAACCCCAAAGAAAUUUCAUCACCAUUGGUUUCAUUGGAGGGUUGUGUGCCGCACAUGAUGUAAUUCUGGGUAAACACAACUCAUUGUUCUGGCAUGAAAUCGAUUCAAUACAAAUAUGUUGGAUAUUGGGGCAGAAUGAGCCUACAGAAAUAUUAGUUGGCCAAAACUUCAAGUCACUUGAACCCUGAAGCACAUACAGUACGAACACACAUACUGUACAUGGCCUAUUUAUUUUGUAUAAGCGUCAUUUCAUACAGUUUCAGAAGUAGAGCUUGAGUUUAUAAAAUUGGAGUCUUGUUGAAAGCUUCAAUUUUGCUCUUUUUCUUUUUUCCUCAUGAAAAAUGAAAGGAAUUUCUGAUGUCCUGCCAUAUGCAGGACCUAAAGGCGCAAUCUCUUGUGCCCAGCUGGCAAUGAUCACAGGUGCUGUAAAAUAGGUUCUCUAUAUUGUAAUACUACACACAUACAGUACACAGAGCGGUGUUGAAAAAUGGAUGAUCCAGGAUGACUCUUGAUGGAGUCCCACACAUCCCCUCCUCAAACAUGUAAAAUUGAUGGAAGCAUACGGACAUACGAGUUCAAACAAAACCACAUGAGGUGGACGGGACCGAUGGUGUUUGAGACAUUUUGGUUUUGUUUACUGUUCUAUGGUGUUUUUUGCAGUUGUUUGGCUUUGUAGAACAAUCAACCCCCUUUUCCCUCUUCCUCCCCCUCCUCCCCAACACACACAUACACUUUUUCCCCCAGUAUUUGUAUGUUCAGAGAAAAGCUUUUAUGUAAGAUGUAUCUAAUUAAUGUUUCUAUUUUCAUACAGUUAUAUAUGGAAUGUAUGUUAGGCCAGUAGCGAGGCCGGAGUCAAUCUGGUUCCACUUCAGUCAGUUCAAGCAGCCUAAAUGAGUUUAUCUUUAGGGCUCCUACAUAUUCAUAAGGCCUCAAGUCACAUUUGUGUUCUGUCCAGAGGUUUGUAAUUACAAAUCAAAUCGCCUCGAGUAAUGCUAAAGAAACAGCAGAAGGGCUGUUACCCUGUGGGCCAUUACUGUCUCUGCUGAUUUAAUACAUUAGCUGAUAUCAGACCAUGAAAUUUCACUGGAUCUAUCUAUCUGAACUGACUGAAUUGAACAGAGCUUGGCCCACACCGCAGUAAACUAUCCUCACCUCUGAUAUUUCUACUACACUUUAUAAGUGUCUUAGUCCGUUGAGAUACUUCAAUAAAACAAAAUCACUAUUUUCUACGUCUUAAUGAAAAUCACCUAUGUGUUUCAACUGACUGGGACCUGUAUUUAUAAAGUCUCUUUGGAAUCUGAGUGCUAACCCAGGAUCAGCAUUUGUGAGCAUAAUGAACUCGCUCAAGAGCCUCUUCCGGAGACCUCAUCACCCCCAUUAAAAUUUCUGAGCUCCUCUGAAAAAGGGUUACAUGCACGAGUCGCACCAAGGUGUCAGAAAUCACGUAUUACUCCUACUUUACCCUGCAAACCAAUUUCGUUUUGAUUGUCGGUGAGGGCUCCGGAAGGGUGGGGCUAUAACAAAAAAAAAGCCAUUCUGAUCCUGGAUCAGCACUCUUGGGUGAAAUAUUUUAUGAAAAUGGGAUCUAGAGUGAAAAUAGGUAUCUUUUUUCUAGUGUGUGGUACAUUGCUUAUAUUAAUAAAUAAUGUUUUGGUCAA